AUGAACGAUGCGGAUGUGUCAAAGCAGGUUCAGCAGAUGGUCCGGUUUAUCCGGCAAGAGGCAGAAGAGAAAGCCAACGAGAUCUCCAUUUCCGCCGAGGAGGAAUUCAACAUCGAGAGGCUUCAGCUUCUCGAGACUGCCAAGCGUAAGCUCCGUCAAGAUUAUGACCGCAAGCUCAAGCAGGUUGAUAUCCGCAAGCGAAUCGAUUACUCCACGCAGCUGAAUGCCAGUAGGAUUAAGUACCUUCAAGCACAGGACGACGUUAUCACCUCCAUGAAAGACACCGCGGCCAAGGACCUUCUCCGUGUCUCCAACGACAAGAACGCUUACAAGAAGCUUCUCAAGGGUCUCAUCAUUGAGAGUUUGCUGCGGCUGAAAGAGCCAUCGGUGCUGCUGAGAUGCAGAGAGAUGGACAAGAGGGUUGUUGAAUCGAUCAUCGAGGAUGCUAAGAAACAGUACGCGGAGAAAGCCAAAGUCUCAUCUCCUAAGAUCACCAUCGACGACAAAGUCUUCCUCCCUCCACCUCCUAAUCCUAAGCUCCCUGAUUCCCACGAUCCUCACUGCUCGGGAGGGGUGGUGCUGGCCUCUCAAGACGGCAAGAUUGUCUGCGAGAACACGUUAGACGCACGCCUGGACGUGGCCUUCAGACAGAGGCUUCCACAGAUCCGGAAGCGCCUCGUUGGAGCUCCUGAAACCUCUAGAGCGUGA